UCGUCGAAAACAAAUCCAUUUCUGCCUGUGGGCUAAGCCCAUGACCCGGCCACACACUCCUCUCCUCUGAUUCUCUCCCCCCUUCCCUCUCGCAGCCGGCGAUGGCCGCCUCCCGCCGCCUGGCGCGGAAGCUCCCCUCCAUCAUCUCCAAGCACCAGCGCCUCAUCUCGCCGGAGAUCGAAACCCUAGAGGAGACCCCCGAAAUCUCCACCUCACCGGCCUCCAUCCCCCUCGACCCCACCCUGCCGCUCCUCCCGCUCGCCGUCUCCCACCUCUCGCCGCCGAGCCCCCUCCCGGCGCUCCCCUCCGCGCACGCCUCGUCCCCGACGUCGCUCCUUCGCCUCCUGCGCCGCGCGCGGCACCACCCGCGCCUCGCGCCGCUCGACCUCCACCUCCUCCUCGCGGCCGCCGACGCCUCCUCGGCCUUCCGCCCCGACCACCGCCUCACGAGCCUCCUCGCCGCGCGCCUCGCGGCCUCCCGCCGCCUCCCCUCGCUGCGGCGCCUCCUCCAGCUCGUCCUCUCCCGCCCCUGCCCCUGCGCCGACGACUCCAUCUUCGCCUGCCCCGAUCUCCUCCCGACCUUCCGCAAGGCCAUCCUCGCCUUCGCCACCUCCGGCGACAUCCCCGCGGCGUCCGAAGCCCUCGCGUCCCUCCGCCGCGCCGCGGACUCGCCCCUCCCCGCCGAGUUCUACAACAUCAUCCUCCACGCCCUCGCCCGUCUCCACCGCCAUGACGACGCCAUCCGCUUCUACGGCGAGAUGACCAGCGUCCACCGCGUCGCACUGGAUGCCUACACCUUCAACAUACUCAUCAACAGCUCCUGCCGCGUCGAAGGCGUCGAUGCCGCCAUGCGGUGGUUCGAGGAGAUGCGGCGCCGGAGCUGUGCGCCGACUGGUGUGAGCUUCAAUACUCUUAUGCGCGGGUUCUUCAGAGAAGGCAGGUAUAAGGAAGGCCUUAAGGUUGCUUAUGAGAUGCUGCAGCUUGGGGCCGGGCUGUCGGUUGCUUCCAUGGAGAUUUUGAUUGGUGGGUUGUGCCGUGGAGGCGAGGCUUUGAAGGCAGCCGAGGUGUUUGCGGAGUUUUUGGUGGAUGCGGUGGUUCCGGAAGGGUUUGAUUGCUUGGAUCUUGUUGAAUCCCUGUGCCAUGUUGGAAGGGUGGACAAAGCAGUAGAAAUAGUGGAGUUGGUAUUGGAGAGGAAUAGGGCAUGCUGCUUAAGUGUCCCUGCUGGUGUAACGGUUUUGGAGUGCUUGAUGAAGGCUGGGAAGCUGGAUGAUGUGUGCCGGUUGAUGGGAAGGAUGGUUGGGGAGGGGAUUGUCCCGGAUACCAUUUCUUGUAACUGUAUAAUUGAGUCAUUUUGUGAAGCUGGGAUGAUUUCUGAUGCAAACAGGCUGAGGAUUCUGACUAAAGAGAAGGGUUUUGCAGCCGAUGCUGCGACAUAUAGCAUGCUGGUGCAGGGCUUUGGCAGGCAGGGAAGGGUGAAGGAAGGUGAGGCUGUGUUGGAUGAAAUGCUUGAUUUAGGGUUUAUACCAAACAUUGUGGCUUACAAUAGGCUUCUUGAUAGCUUACAUGUGCGGAGAUCUUUGCAAUGACAAGUGAACUCCUGUAGGCAUGUGUAUGCUCCAAACAUUUUUUGGCCACAUGGAAGCAUCAAACUGCAAGACGUCACAUAGUUUGUGCUUGGAAUUCAUGUGCAGAGACUUUGGAGGAACAUAAAACAAAACAAGGGAUAGUCGGAUAGAUGACAGUUGAGACGAGCGGUGGUCAUAAUUGCACUGACAGAAGCAUCAAACUGCAAUGACGAGUGAACUCCUCUAGGCAUGUGUAUGCUCCAAACAUUGGCCACAUGGAUGCAUCAAACUGCAAGAUGUCAGAGAGUUUCUGCUUGGAGUUCAUGUGCACAGACUUUUGCAGCGUACAGCAAAACAUGGGGUACAUGAGGCCAUCGGUUUCAUAAUUUCAUGCGAAGUUCCAAGGCUUGAAAUGAGGUCUCAACGGAGUGCUGGAAGCCUCUUCACAUGAUGUUGAUUUAUGUUUGGAUUGGUAAGGUCGACAAGGUUAGUGAUCCUGUUUAAGCACUUUCAGAAAUGGGCAUGCAGAUCAUUUUGUUCUUGUGCUGAUCUUGUACCCCAAUAAUCAGUCACUCUCAUUGUAUUGCAUAGACCUUGACUAUUAGGGGAAGUAAGAAGUUGUGUACUUAUGAUACUGUCAUGAACAAUUUUUUUAAAAUUUCUAUAUGCCUUUUUAGUAACAUUAUUU